GACAGCUUUGUUGGAGAAUUGUAUAAAUUGGGUUGUGCUGGCUUUAUCAGAAUUAACAUUCAGUUUUGCAUAUAGAACUUGCCCUUUUGAAGACUGCUACAGAAGAUGGCAUUGGCAGGCACUCUCCUUCAUCUGCUUGUGAUCUUCUUGGGGUUUUCUCAACUUAUUAUCCGCUUGAAUGCCGUCCCAGUUACAAGAAUUGGAAGUCUUCAGGUUCAUCAAAUUGCAGGAAAUAACCAACUGGUAACCACAGAGAAUAAUUUUUAUGAGCAAACUAUUACUGAAAGAAUGGAUGUGGAGCUUCAUGACUACCCGGGAUCUGGAGCCAACAACCGCCACACUCCAAAGCCGCAAUUUGGAAGAUGUGUGGAUUGCUAAGUUUUCUCCUGCUACUAUUGGUUUUAGCAUUUACAAUGUAAUGUUAUAUAUGGACUAUUGUAAAUAAGAAUUUUGUUCUUAGAUCAUUCAUCAUUUGAGUUUAUUAAUAGGGCUUAAAAGAAGUAGGCCUCUAGA